CCCUGCCUCCGCCUCUGCCCACCCAGCCCAAUCCUUUACAACUGCCCCAGGACUGCUCCUGGGCAGCCGCCGCAAGACAGACGGCCACCAGGUUGCCCCUCUCUGCUCCAGCUAGAAAUACUUGAGUUAGACAAGCAGAAGCACACGCCUCCCUACCUCAUGGCGACAGAAAACGGAGCAGCCGAGCUGGGAAUCCACAGCCCGUCAACAGACGAGGCAGCUAAAGGGGCAGCAGGAGAAGGACCCCCAGCUCCAGAGAAAGACCCUGGUCCCCCAGACCCAGAGAAGAAACCUGGGCCCCCAGAUGCCAAGAAAGAACCUGAAUCUGAUCCACUCCACAUGAAGAAAGAUGCCAAAGCCCCUCCCUUAGCAAAAGGAGAUGGUGCCCCGGCCCAGCCCUCACCUAGCAGCCAGGGCCCGGAGGGAGAAGGCGACCUGGGUGGGGGGCCUGCGGAGGGCAGUGCUGGGCAGCCGGCAGCCCUGCCCCAGCAGACUGCAACGGCUGAGGCCGGCGUCAGGAAGCCCAGUGCCGAGCAGGGGACCUCAGGCAGCCAGAACCCUGCAGAGUCCAAGGUGCACAAGAAAGAGGCUGAGGGCCAAACAGCAGCCAGGAGGGGCUCACCGGCCUUUCUGCACAGCCCCAGCUGUCCUGCCGCCAUCUCGAGCUCUGAGAAGCUGCUGGCUGAGAAGCCCCCAAAUGAGGCACUGGAGCUCAUCUUUGAAGGGGUGCCGGAGACCCCUGGCCCCACAGAUCCUGGGCCAGCCAAGGCACCAGAAGGAGGGAAGAACAUCCCGGAAGGCAGCCAGAAGGAAGCAGAAGAGAAGGCCCCAGGCCAAGCUGGCCAGGCUAAGGUGCAAGGGGAUACCUCGAGGGGGAUCGAGUUCCAGGCUGUUCCCUCGGAGAAAUCGGAGGUGGGGCAAGCCCUCUGUCCCACCGCCAGGGAGGAGGACUGCUUCCAGAUUUUGGAUGAUUGCCCGCCACCCCCAGCCCCCUUCCCCCACCGCAUCGUGGAGCUGAGGCCCGGGAAUGUCAGCAGUCAAUUCAGCCUGAACUCCAAGGAGGCGCUGGGCGGCGGCAAGUUUGGAGCAGUCUGCACCUGCACAGAGAAAGCCACAGGCCUCAAGUUGGCAGCCAAGGUUAUCAAGAAACAGACGCCCAAAGACAAGGAAAUGGUGAUGCUCGAGAUCGAGGUCAUGAACCAGCUGAACCACCGCAAUCUGAUCCAGCUCUAUGCAGCCAUCGAGACCUCUCACGAGAUCGUCCUGUUCAUGGAGUACAUCGAGGGCGGCGAGCUCUUCGAGAGGAUUGUGGAUGAGGACUACCAGCUGACUGAGGUGGACACCAUGGUGUUUGUCAGGCAGAUCUGCGAUGGGAUCCUCUUCAUGCACAAGAUGAGGGUUCUGCACCUGGACCUCAAGCCAGAGAACAUCCUGUGCGUCAACACCACGGGCCACUUGGUGAAGAUCAUCGACUUCGGCCUGGCACGGAGGUAUAACCCCAAAGAGAAGCUGAAGGUGAAUUUUGGGACCCCGGAGUUCCUGUCACCCGAGGUGGUGAAUUACGACCAAAUCUCCGAUAAGACAGACAUGUGGAGUAUGGGGGUCAUCACCUACAUGCUGCUGAGCGGCCUCUCCCCCUUCCUGGGAGAUGAUGACACAGAGACCCUAAACAAUGUUCUAUCUGGCAACUGGUACUUCGACGAGGAGACCUUCGAGGCGGUGUCAGAUGAGGCCAAAGACUUCGUCUCCAACCUCAUUGUCAAGGACCAGAGGGCCCGCAUGAGCGCUGCCGAGUGCCUCGCCCACCCCUGGCUCAACAACCUGGCGGAGAAAGCCAAGCGCUGUAACCGCCGCCUCAAGUCCCAGAUCUUGCUUAAGAAAUACCUCAUGAAGAGGCGCUGGAAGAAAAACUUCAUUGCCGUCAGCGCUGCCAACCGCUUCAAGAAGAUCAGCAGCUCGGGGGCCCUGAUGGCUCUGGGGGUCUGAGCCCCAGGAGCAGCUGAGGCCUGGACGCAGCCCCACAGUGGCCAGGGCUGAGGCCACACAGCCCAGAAGGCCAGAGCAGACAGGCCAGAUCCCCAGGGCAGGCUGGCCGGGACAAGGCUGCGCCAGGCUGGGAGGCUCGGGGCUCCCCAUGCCCCCCGCGCAGCGACUGCUUCCCCGAUGUGAGCCGCUCGCAUGUGGCCUGACCCCAUCCCGCUAACGCCUCCCCGGACAGGCCUCUGCCCAGCGGCCACAGCCCAGAUGCACGGGCCGUUGUUCCCUGCCUGGCUCCUCCUCUUGGAACUGCUGCCCUGGUGACCCCUGCUUGGCCCCACCUGGGCAUCCCCAGCCUGGGCUUGCUCCUAGUUGGAGUGGGAGGGCUGGGGGUCCCAGCGUGUGGGGCUUCUGCGGUUGUGGCCAGGAGGCUCGUGGUGGGGCAGGAAGGCAGCAAGGCCGGUUCCUAAGGCCCAGCUGCCCGGGCAGACAGAGCAGGCUUUGUGAAAGAGGACCUCCGUGCCCUCACCCGCCUCCCCACUCCCAACAGAUAAGGCCUAGCACACACCAUCUGGCCCAGGCCCGGCCCCCCGCCCACCUUCCUCGCGACCACCAACACACAGGAACUCCGGGCGAGAGAGAGGACGCCCGGCCCAGGCCUGGCGGAGAGGGAGAGGGGAAGCCUGGGGGACACAGGAGACCACCCCCGAGCUUGCCUGAGGGCCAAGCCGGCCCAACCGCCACUCUGGGCCCCCCUCCCAGGGGUCACCCACGGCCUCAGAUGAGGGGGUCAGCAGGCCCAGGAGGAGGGGGAAGGCCGUCAGGCAGCCCCCAAUCUGCUCUCAGCUUGUGCCUUGUAAAUAAAUGUACAGGUUGGACAUGG